CUGGGCGGCGCUCACUCCCCAGCGGGGGCCCGGGGAGCCUCCAGGCGGAGAGGCUCCCGCCCGCCCCGAGCAGCGGCCUCCGCAUGGAGGGGCCGCUGGCUCCUCUAGCGGGGUCGGGGCUACUCCCGCUGCCGCUGCAGGGAGGGGGAGCCGCCGCUGUUCCGGAGCCCGGAGCCCGGCAACACCCCGGACAUGAGACGGCGGCGCAGCGGUACAGCGCCCGUCUGCUGCAGGCCGGCUACGAGCCCGAGAGCAGCAUGGCGGACUACCUGAUCAGCGGCGGCACCGGCUACGUGCCCGAGGAUGGACUCACCGCGCAGCAGCUCUUCGCCAACGCCGACGGCCUCACCUACAACGACUUCCUGAUUCUCCCAGGAUUCAUAGACUUCAUAGCUGAUGAGGUGGACCUGACUUCAGCCCUGACUCGGAAGAUCACCCUGAAGACACCGCUGAUCUCCUCCCCAAUGGACACUGUGACAGAAGCUGACAUGGCCAUUGCGAUGGCUCUGAUGGGCGGUAUUGGUUUCAUUCACCACAACUGCACCCCGGAGUUCCAGGCCAAUGAAGUGCGGAAGGUCAAGAAAUUUGAACAGGGAUUCAUCACAGACCCCGUAGUGCUAAGCCCCUCGCACACUGUGGGCGACGUGUUGGAGGCCAAGAUCCGGCAUGGCUUUUCGGGCAUCCCUGUCACUGAGACAGGCACCAUGGGCAGCAAGCUGGUGGGCAUCGUAACCUCCCGAGACAUUGACUUUCUUGCCGAGAAGGACCACACCACCCUCCUUGGCGAGGUGAUGACUACGCGGAAUGAGCUGGUGGUGGCUCCGGCGGGUGUGACAUUGAAAGAGGCAAAUGAGAUCCUGCAACGCAGCAAGAAAGGGAAGCUGCCCAUUGUCAAUGAUCGUGAUGAGCUCGUGGCCAUCAUUGCCCGCACUGACCUGAAGAAGAACAGGGAUUACCCUCUGGCCUCCAAGGAUUCCCACAAGCAGCUGCUGUGCGGGGCGGCCGUGGGCACCCGUGAGGAUGACAAGUACCGCUUGGACCUGCUCACCCAGGCAGGCGCCGAUGUCAUUGUGCUGGACUCCUCCCAAGGGAACUCUGUGUAUCAGAUCGCCAUGGUACACUACAUCAAGCAGAAGUACCCCCAGCUCCAGGUGAUUGGGGGGAAUGUGGUGACAGCAGCUCAGGCCAAGAACUUGAUCGAUGCUGGUGUGGACGGGCUGCGUGUGGGGAUGGGCUGUGGCUCCAUCUGCAUCACCCAAGAAGUGAUGGCCUGCGGUCGGCCCCAGGGCACUGCUGUGUACAAGGUGGCCGAGUAUGCCCGGCGCUUUGGGGUGCCGGUCAUCGCUGAUGGUGGCAUCCAGACCGUGGGUCAUGUGGUCAAAGCCCUGGCCCUUGGAGCCUCCACAGUGAUGAUGGGCUCCCUGCUUGCCGCCACCACGGAGGCCCCUGGCGAGUACUUCUUCUCGGAUGGGGUGAGGCUCAAGAAAUACCGGGGCAUGGGCUCGUUGGAUGCCAUGGAGAAGAGCAGCAGCAGCCAGAAACGAUACUUCAGCGAGGGGGACAAGGUGAAGAUCGCACAGGGGGUCUCGGGCUCCAUCCAGGACAAAGGCUCCAUUCAGAAGUUCGUGCCCUACCUCAUAGCAGGUAUCCAGCACGGCUGCCAGGAUAUCGGUGCCCGUAGCCUGUCAGUCCUGCGGUCCAUGAUGUAUUCAGGGGAGCUCAAGUUUGAGAAGCGGACCAUGUCGGCUCAGAUCGAGGGUGGUGUCCAUGGCCUGCACUCUUACGAGAAGCGGCUGUACUGAGGACGGUGGUGGAAGCCGGGGCAGUGGAGGGGGUGCACCCCAGGGUGCCCCUUUGAGCACAGCCUCCCUCCAUAACUGAGUGGUCCAUAGAUUUGCACUACGGAUUCCCCAGCUCCUUUCCAGGGAGAGAGGAGGGGAGCCCCUGAGGGUCUGCGGCCCCUCCUGGCCCUCCCCUGCAGAGUCAGGACUGUUCCUGGGGCUCAGAUGCCCUGGGAGCCCCCCCGGGCCCCCCCUCCUCCAGUCCCCCUGAGCCUAGCCAGCCUGGGCUCUCAGGCCCUGUGCCUGCCUCAGGUCUUUCUCGCUGCAGCCUGCUCCGGCCUGGCUCCCACCCCUGGGGCAGGUGGCCCCUCCUGGCUUCUGUAGGGCACCUCCCUCCCCAAUCCCCACCCCAGAAAUGGUGCUCUCCUGGCCCUGCCUCUGGCCCCUUCCUGGGCUGCUGCCCGCUCAGCCAUGUGGCACUUCUGGGCUCCUGACCUAGGCCAGAGGGAGGUCUCUGCCCCCUUCCCCUGGCCCUAGGCUCCCCAGGCCCUGCUCCUCAGGCCACUCCCCCUGUUCCUGGCCCUGGGGAGGAGGCUGCCCGUCAUUCCUGGCUCCCCGCCAUCCCCAGGUGUACCGUUCCUGCCCUCUCCUCUCAGCUGCAGUCGGAGGCUUUAACUUUGCACACUUUGGGGUCACAGUUGCGUCAUUGUAUAUUAAAUAACCUGAAUAAAUCAAGAGGUCUCAAUACCUCUGCCAUCCUGUUUCUGCCCCUCGUCCACUGGGCAGUUGGCCCCUAUCCUGGUGGUGAGCUGCAGCCCAGAGCCCCCAUCAGAGCUGGGCCGGGGGGGCAGGGGCACCAGGCCCAGCCUCCCCAGGAAGGUGAGGAGGGCGUUGCGGUGCUCCAGGGGGUACUGGCGCAGGUGGGCCGCGUGACGGGAGGUCUCCCCGGCCUGUGCCUACACCGGCACGCUCACUGCUACCCGUGGACAGCAGCUCACGCAGGCAGCGUGGCAGAGGGGUGGUCGUGGUUGUAGAAGACGGGCAUCAGGAGCCUCGCUGUGGCUGCCCGAAAGUACCCGCUACAGCCUGGUGAUGCCGGACGGUGCAGCCUGGACACGGGCAGAAGUAGAGCACGGCCGUGGCCCUGACCGCUGAGCCCAGGGCCUGCGGUGUCACCAGCUGAGACACACAUGUGGGUACCAGGUAGAGUGGGUUAGCUCCCACUGUUCGUCUGCUGCUCAGGACCCGUGUCCUAGCCUCAAACCCCUCCUGAUGGGGACAGCAGGGACACACGGGCUGCUGAAUAUCCCUAGGGUUGGGGGUCCUGGGACAUUCACAUUGCCUUCCUCUGCCUCUGUUGUUAUGGCUGGUCAUUGGGCACACAGCUGUGCCACCGAGGUGCAGACAUCACUCAGGAGCAGGAGCAAAGAUGGCCUGAAUGCUCCAGUGGCAGGAAUGAGCAAAGGCUGUAGGAGGCGCUAGUUUGUGGGUGGAGAACAGCCAGAAACAUCCCCGUGACUGCUGGGGGUGGGGGGCUUGCCUCAGGCUACUCUUGGCAUGCCAUGCCAGUGCCUACCCUCUCCCAGGCCCUUCCUGAAAGAGCCCCUUGGGCUGGGGCCAGCCUUCCACUGUGGCAUUUUCCAGUUUUGUGGCAUCUUCAGGGAUGAGAAGGAAAGACCUGGAGGGCAGGACCGUUGGGUAGGUUCAGAGCUAGUUCAGUGACUGCUCCAGAGUCUGUUGCAAAGUGACUGGGUCAUUCAGCGUCCCUGGAGGCCUUGCACCCUGGCGUCUGUGGCCUCAGUGAGCACCUCAGAGUCCGAGGUGACACAGCUCGGUGGGAGAAGGAUGCACGGAUGCCAGGGGACGGUAAAAACCGAGAAGGGAUGGACCACAACGAGGCCAUGUUUCAUAGCUUGUCUCGCACAUUGCUUUACAAAAACCGUACAAGAAUCAGCUUGACCAGCAACGGAGAUGGAUAAGAUCUAAGGGUUUUUAGAGAAAUACAGAGCCGCUCAGCAUCAAGGGUGUGACUGGUUCAAAGGGAGAAUUUUCCUUUUGAGCCAGACCUAAGGGGUCCAUUAGAGCUGACCAAUACAAUGGGUUACCUUGUAAUAAUGACCUUCGCAUUACUUGAGGUAUGUUAGCCCUAAUUUGGCUCUUCUAGAGGAAGUUCAAGCACAAUGGUCCUUAAAUUCGGUGUGUGUCAGAAUCCCCCGGGGAACUAAAAAUAAAACGAGCCCAGGCUCACUGAAGCAGGAUGCGUUCUGGGCCUCUGGGCCCCGGUGAUUCUGACAAGACCCAAGUUAGCGAAUCACUGUUGAGGAAAUCUGGGAAUCCAAUUACACGAUUUCUGAGACUUGCCAAAGCAUGUGCUGUAAGAAGAGUUUCAGAUGACACAGCAGAGCGUCUACCUCAUGCCCGCGCUGCAGGGAUGAUGCGAGAAGUGCAUGGAAGGUUGCGGUGCUCAGUAAAUCCGGCUUCCUGCGUCCUACUUGCCCUCACGCUCCCCAAAGGAAUGGAGGCUGGAGACGAACGUGCGCCGGGCUGGCCCCAGACAACACGCUCGCUCUGGGUUGUAUAAUUCGGCCACAGUAGGGGAGGCCCCGGCUGGGACAAAAGGACAGUCGCUCUGGGUAGGAAGGCCACAUCAGAUGGACAUUCAGAGGCAGUCCAGAGCCACAUUUGGGACAGAUGCAGGUCAUAGACCCCAGGGUCAGCAGAACGUGUCCACUUGGUCCCGCCUGGUGCGGGUGGCCCAGGCACCCCCUCACCCUCACCCGGGCACACUCGCCUAUCCAUGCAGUCCAGGCUGGCUGCCACCAGGCUAUGGAAGAUGUGGUCACGCAGGCACCAGGCCACGCUGCUCCGGCGCCCCAGGUCCUGGCUCGCGGGUCGCAGCGUCUGCACGGGGGUUUAGCCACGCAGGGAGAGGGCGUGCACCACCGGCAGGCAGCCAGCCAGCGUCCCAGUCCCCCCCAACAAUGCCAGCUCCCAGGCAGCCUGCCCCACUAUCCACAGGAGGUGGCUCGGCACACUCUCCGUGGCCAGCACAUCAAAGCCACGGGCCAGGGAGAGCUGCAGGUACUUGGUCUAGCCAGGGCAGGAGCGGACGUAGUUGGCAGAAGCCCGGGGAACCCUGGGAGGCAUGGCUUGCACUAGAGGGGAAUGGAGUCAGAGAGUUGGUGGGUAGCAGCGCAGCCAUGGUUGGCCCACCCUGGAGGACAGAUGGAGAGGUGGCCAGUAGCCCUCGACUCUGGCCCCACCUUCCCCUCCACCACCACCCCCCCUCUGCCCCACAUCUGCAGGCUGAGAGCAAGGGCGCUCAGAUGGCUUGACCUGGCAGCUUGGGAGGGGCCAGGCUAGCCCUCUGAGGGUUCUUUGAGCUUCUGUGGUUCUAGUGCCAAUCAGGAAGUGGGUAGGCAGCCAACCUGGAGAGGGGUCAGCACCCCAGCUGUGCACGACCCAGCUACCCUCAAUUCCCCCUCCGUCCCAUCUCCUCACAUCAGGAGUGGGGUCUAGAGAGGAAGAGGGAUGAGCCAUGGGGGGAGAGGCAGCUCCUCCCUCCACCCUCACACUAAAGCUUUUUGUUCCGUCAGGACUCCUCCUAGCUUGUAAGAGCCAGACUCUGACCCCAACCUCUCCUGAUCUGUGUCCCCUCCCACUUUUCACAUAGACCCCUCCCUUAUUGGGGCCAGGGGGCCAGUUCUUUCCACCUCAUGCCCUUCCCCCAGCGACCCUCCACCUCCAGCUGAGCAGGGUGUCUGGUCAGAGGCAGGGCCAGGGUCAAAGCAUGCAACCCCGGGCAACACCUACCAGGUCCCAGCCCCAAAACCCUGCUUCCUGUACCUGUUGUCCUCAGGACAGGGCCCCUCACCUGCAGGGUGUCGGGGUCACCUUCACCAGCCUCCUUUCCCUUACUUCCAGCUCAGAUACGCAGGGAAGAUAGGGUUGGGGACCCAAGACCCUUGGUCCCAACCUCCUGCCCCACCCCCUCUUAAGCCCAUUGGCAACAGUAGUCUCUGGGCUGAGAGCCAGGGUGUCUGGCUCCCAAGUGCGCUGUACCCCACAUCCCAGCUAGUGUCAGGGAGGAGGAAUGGUAUGGUAACAGGGCGCAGUACUAGCCUGGCACAGGUAGAGAUCAGCCUUUCCCUCUCUGGGUGCCUUAGUUUCUCUACUCAUGAUGGAAGACUCCCCCCCACCCCCACCCCAGCCAACAGCCUCCUGUGUUUUAACCCCGCACAUCAGGGCAAAUGUGCAUCAGGGGCUGCCUGCAUCCAACUCAGCAGACUUGGUCUCUCAGAGCAGGUUUCUGCUUCUCUUCUGCCCCCUGGGCUCGGUCUGAAGCCACAGGGGUCUCCUCUGACAAGGUGGCAUGGUGGGUGGGAAGGUUCUCCAGAAAAGGGAAGAAAAGGGAAAUCAGGAUGAAGGUCACCAGGGGUAGAGCGGCUGGGAAGGAAGAGGGAGCCAGAAGCUGUUGUGUAGAGACCUUGCCAUGACCCUGCACGUCACUUUCCCACCCCCAACUUUAACCUCUCCCUCCCUACUGCUCUUUCCCUGUGGAAAGGCUAGUGGGGAGCGAAAUAUGUUCCAGGCUCCAGGAAAUCAAUUAAGGGGAGGAACUUCAUUUGGAUCCAACACUACCGGGAAUCAGCCCUCGGUCCUUCUCUGUGGGGAAGGAUGCUGCUUCCACCCCUCCCAUGGUCCACGGUGCUUCUAACUCCUUUCUGUGCCUCUGGUCUCUGGGAAUAUCCAGGGACGCAAAGGAGGGAUGGACUUUUCAUGGUGGAGAUACUGGGGGGAGGAGAGCAGGGGCAGAGCGGCUUCCCUGCUUGCGGAAGAAGGGACUCCCUCGGUCGGGUGCUUUAAGAGCAGUGUGGCACUGAAUCCAGCAGGUGGCGCCAGUAGCCAUCGACCUGGGGAACCCCAGGGACCCUGGAGUGGGGCAGUUUCCUAGGCAACAGGCAGCCUUUCCCAAAGCCCUGCCCUUGGCAACCAUUCCCUGGUUGCCCAUGUCCACGGUAAAAUUUGGCUUCUGAAGGACAGGAGGAACACAGGAGUAAAAUAAUCUCUCGGAAAGGACAGAAGCCGACUGGGAGUGGGUAGCAGAGUCUAAAAGACCUGCUUUCCGCGGCGCUUUAUUACCAAGCACCAGUCACUGUGGUAGGUGCAUCUUAUUCUCAGCAAUCCCAUAAGGCAGGAGCAGCACAUAGUCCUUUAUUGUGGACGGGGAAAAUGAGGCUCAGAGAGACAGUGACUUCCCAAGUCACCAAAUAAUAAGAGGUGAGCUCAGUUAGGAAGCUGGGCCUGCCUGGGCAUCCUGCCAUCCAUUCCACCCCCCCUCCUGGUGGGUGUGGUGUCCAAGCCCCUAAGGGAAGCUGGGGUGAGGGGCUUGGGGGUGAGGCCUGCUGGGGGACCAGGAGCACUAGGCGUGGAUGAAGAGAACGAAAGAUGAAUCUGCCCCUUGCAGUGCGACCCCGCUUUGCCUGGCCUGGGUGGGGCACCCCCUCCGCUCACCCCUGACCUUGCAGUGAGGCUCCCCUCUGUUGGAGGACCACAGAGUUGGAGGGGAGGGGGGUUAGGAAUUCUGGAGCUUAUGCGAACUUUCUAGAGAAACCAAGGACAGGAGUGCUCUCCAAGGAUGCGGCUGGGGCCCCGGACUGUGCAGGAAAGGAUUCCGUUUCAGCAGUUGUGUAGAGAAGGCCGGCUUGAACUGGGUCAAGGGACAGAUUUGGAGGAUUCAAAUCCAGUCCAAAGAUCUAAUCUAUUCUCACUCCCUCACGAUCUCACUUACCGGCUUGCUUCACGUCUCCACGAGAUAUUAAGUAGGAUCUCACGCAGAACAUAACCAUAAACAUUUACUUCUACCUGACAACCAGGAGAGCAACCCAGCCCGAGUCUACAUCCCAAAGCCGGAGAAGACCAGUGUCCCAGCUCGAAGACAGGCAGGCAGAGAGAGCAAAUUCUCUCUUACUCAGCCUUUUUGUUCUAUUCAGACCUUCAAUAGAUUGGAUGAGGCCCACUCACAUUGGGGAGGAAAAUGUGCUUUACUCAGUCCACGGAUUCAAAAGUUAAUCUCACCCAGAAACACCCUCACAGACACACCCGGAAUAGUGUGUGACCAACUCUCUGGGCACCCUGUGGCCCAGUGAGGUUGGCCCGUAAAAUUAACCAUCACACUUCCCCACCAUCGUCCCAGACCUGGUCCCCCUUAAAGCUACCCCGUGUCAAAAAAUAUCAGUUCCGUCCUUCUCGUUGCUCAGAUAAAACGAAAACAAAAAAAUCCCGGACCCACCCUUGACUCCCCUUUCUCUCACAUUUUGUGUUAAAUCCAUCGGCAAAUCCCGUCGGCGAGACUCCAUCAAUAUGUCGUCAGUCUGGUUGCUUCUUCUAGUCUCUUCCCCAGCAACGGUUGGUCUGGGCCACGAUCAUCUCUUGCAUCGGUUACUGCAAGGAGCUCGGGCUUUCUUACCCCUCUGCCCCCGGGUUGCUUCCCAACUAGAGCCUUCUCACAGCACAACCAGGUUGGUUCUUUUAAAAUGUUAGCCGGAGCAGGGGCGCCUGGGGGGCUCGGUUGAGGGUCCCCCUCUUGGUUUCAUCUCAAGUCACGAUCUGACGGUUUCGGGGGGUUGGGCCCCACGUCAGGCUCCAGGCUGCUGGUGCAGAGCCUGCUUGGGAUUCUC